GAGCGGAGCCGAGCGCAGCCGAGCCGGGCCGAGCCGGGCCGGGCCGGGCCCAGGAGCGCGCGGGCGAUGCGGGCGGCCAGGCGGGGGUUGGCGGACCCCUGAAUCCCUCGCCCCCGGGGCAGCGAAGGAGCCGCGCGGCGGCACGCGCCCGAGGCGGCCAGCCCGCCAUGGCCGGGGUCAGCUACGCGGCGCCCUGGUGGGUGAACCUCCUGCACCGGCUACCGCACUUCGACCUGCGCUGGGAGACCACCAGCAGCCAGUUCCGGCCCGAGGACACCGACUACCAGCAGGCGCUGCUGCUGCUGGGGGCCACCGCGCUGGCCUGCCUCGCCCUGGACCUCCUCUUCCUGCUCUUCUACUCCUUCUGGCUGUGCUGCCGACGGCGCAAGAGCGAGGAGCAUCUGGAUGCCGACUGCUGCUGCACCGCCUGGUGCGUGAUCAUCGCCACGCUGGUCUGCAGCGCUGGCAUCGCCGUGGGGUUCUAUGGCAACGGGGAGACCAGUGACGGCAUCCAUCGGGCCACCUACUCGCUCCGCCACGCCAACCGCACAGUGGCAGGGGUCCAGGACCGCGUGUGGGACACGGCGGCCGCCCUGAACCGCUCGGCGGAGCCCAGUCUGCAGAGCCUGGAGCGGCAGCUGGCGGCACGGCCGGAGCCCCUGCGUGCAGUGCAGCGGCUGCGGGGCCUUCUCGGGACGCUGCUGGGGUACACAGCGGCCAUCCCGUUCUGGAGGAACCCCGCCGUGUCGCUCGAGGUGCUGGCGGAGCAGGUGGACCUCUACGACUGGUACAGGUGGCUGGGCUACCUCGGCCUACUGCUGCUUGAAGUGGCCAUCUGCCUGCUGGUGCUGGUGGGCCUCAUCCGCAGCUCCAAGGGCAUUCUGGUUGGGGUCUGCCUCCUGGGCGUGCUGGCCCUGGUCAUCAGCUGGGGCUCACUGGGCUUGGAGCUGGCCGUGUCUGUGGGCUCAAGUGACUUCUGUGUGGACCCUGACACCUAUGUGACCAGGAUGGUGGAGGAGCACUCGGUGCUGAGUGGGGACAUUCUGCAGUACUACCUGGCCUGCUCUGCCCGGGCCACCAACCCCUUCCAGCAGAAGCUGUCUGGCAGCCACAAGGCGCUGGUGGAGAUGCAGGACCUGGUGGCUGAGCUUCUGAAGACCGUCCCCCGGGAGUACCCGGCCACCAAGGACCCCUUGCUCCGUGUCCAGGAGGUGCUGAACGGCACAGAGGUGAACCUACAGCACCUCACUGCCCUGGUGGACUGCCGCAGCCUGCAUCUGGACUACGUGCAGGCCCUGACGGGCUUCUGCUACGACGGCGUGGAAGGCCUCAUCUACCUGGCACUCUUCUCCUUUGUCACGGCUCUCAUGUUCAGCUCCAUCGUCUGUAGCGUCCCCCACACCUGGCAGCAGAAAAGGGGCCCCGACGAGGAUGGGGAGGAGGAGGCGGCGCCCGGGCCAAGGCAGACGCACGACAGCCUAUACCGCGUGCACAUGCCCAGCCUGUACAGCUGCGGGAGCAGCUACGGCAGCGAGACCAGCCUCCCGGCUGCAGCGCACACCGUCAGCAACGCGCCGGUCACCGAGUACAUGAGCCAGAAUGCCAACUUCCAGAACCCCCGCUGUGAGAACACCCCCCUCAUCGGGCGCGAGUCCCCCCCGCCCUCACGCUAUCUGGCGGCCCUGGACUCUGGCAGCCACACAGGCUGGCAGUUUAAGCCCAUGGAUAGUGGCCGAACGCUGUGGUGGCCGUGCCCUCAGAGUGACAGUACACCUCCAGCAUGAGAGCCAAAUACCUCGCCACCAGCCAGCCUCGCCCCGACUCCAGCGGCAGCGGCCACUAGACAGCCCCAGCCGGCCCGCCGCACACGUGCCAAUCGCCUGCUCCUCCCCGUGCCAGCACUGCUGCGUCCACCCGCACCACCCGCCGGACCCGCCGCACGGCCGCUCGCCCCUCCCCUCCCCUUCCCGCAGGGGCGCAGAGACACACCUGGACACGGGAGCGGCGCCACCGACACGGGGGCCCUCCAGCCCCGCCCCCAUGCCCCUCUGCCUCUGAGGAGGGGGUUUCACGGAGCCCGGCUCUGGGCCGGACUCGGUGCUGUGUCCUGACGCUUACUCUGCACCAGGCCAACCCGUGGACCCCCAUCUUCUCCUCGGCUCGCGCCCCAGCCUGCUCUUUCCCUCCUGCAGCUCUGAUGCUUCUGCUGUGCCCUCCAGGCUUCCGUGUGUUCCUUCUUUCGUUCACAGGCCAUGCGGUGCCCACUCUGGGCUCCCUCUGAGCUGGCGGCUGGAGGGGCCUCGGCGUGUUCUCCCAGGCAGUUCCUCCUCCUCUCCACCCGACCAUAGGCCCCUCCUGCCAGUUGCCAGAAGCCUCCCGCCAGCCCCACUCUCUCCCCCAGCACCCACCCUGCCUGGGGAGCCCAGCCCUCUGCAGCAGCCAGAGGAUGGCAGGUGCCACGCCGAGCCCAGGCUGCUCGCCCAGUCCUGGCCACCUUCUUGGUGCCAAACCCCCUCCCCUGCCCCAAGACUCGGCAGCUCGUCUGGUUCAUUUUUGCACUAACCACAUUUGUCAUCCUAGGGCAGGCGGGGCUGCCGGCCGAGCAGCACACCCCCUUCUCGGUUCCCUCUCUGUCCAGGAGCAGCGUCCCAGGCCCGGCCUUGGGACUGGACCCGAGCUGUGGCUGUGAAUGUGCCCUCGGCCCCUGCUGCCCCCACCUUGGGACUAACCACUAACCUCACCCAGCCUCUGUGUGCACCUCUGGUCAACCUAGAGCCAGCAAGUGUCACCCCGAGUCCAGGCCAGAGAUGAGGCCUAGGAUAGCCGGCUGGGAGUUGGGCUGGAGUAGCCGUUUCUUCUUGGGGUGCUGCUGGGGAAGGGCUGUAGAUGGACAGGCAGCCUGAGAGCCUGGAAAGCCGUCCCUGGGCAGGUGCUGCCCCAGGACAACUGUGUCCUCGGGAACGAGUGUCCCUUGGGCUGUAGGACUGAGGUCUGUGCAGACUCAGUCUCCCUACCUGUGAAGUGGGAACAAGGCUUCCCCUAAGGUGCUUUGGCUUUAGUGUAAAAUGUGUGCUGUGUUUCCUGCCGUGGAAGGUGUGCCUCCCCCCACUCAGGAUGGGAAGCCGCCCCGCCAGUCUCAGCCCUGGCCCAGCCAACCUGAGACAGAGAGGCUCUGGCCUGUGUGUCCGGCCGGGGCCAGGGUCCUGCAGUGGGAGGCAGGCAGCUGGCCAAGCUGCUUACUGGCAUGUGGGCUCUCCCUUCCAGAGCCGGGUCAGUGUCCUUCCCUGGGACAGGUCUGGGGACAUGCCACCCGCCUUUCCUCCACAAUCCUUUCUCUGUGCUGGUAUCUGGGACCAAAAGGGCGGGUGGACUGGGGGCCAGGCUGCCUCUGCCCCGUGAAAGGAGGGGAGUGAGCAGGCAAACACAGGGUGCCCCAGGUGGGUCUGGGGCCCUGAGCCUUGCAUCUGAGCCUAUGGGCCCGGCCCAAACCUCACUGCAGGGCCGCUGUGCUCCAGGCCCCACCUGGCCAUCGCUCCGGGCCUCCACUGCAGACUGGCCCAGUUUUUCCUCUGGGCUCCUCCAGCGGUGAGAGCAUUGCCGGCCCAGCGUCAGGAGGGAGGCCCCGGCCAUCCUGCCUGGGUGCCUGCUGUGUGCUCGGCCCCUGCUCAGAAGCACAACGGCUGACCGCGGCCCCCGGAGGCCGCCCACAAUGUGAAUGUACAUAGCAUGGAGGCGGGCGCUGCCCGGACAGGCUGUGGACCUCGGCCGUCCGGGGAGCUCCCCCGUGCGUCGUGUGCGUGUGUGCCUGCCCCGUCUGUGACUUCAUCCACUUCCUUCUCCUCACCGAGGUUGAAUAAAGGAAAAGGAGAAUCAUCAAAAGGGGUUCGGACCCCGGCCUCAGUCUGUGGAGGGGAGCAGGUCUUGCCAUUGGUUUUCUUUCUGUUCUGAGUUUUCAGGGUCCCCUUCCUAACCAGUCCCCAUCCCAGUGACCUCUCCCCAUCCCUUCCCAGCCUUGGUCCCCACAGGCCCUGCAGCACCUGCGGGGGAGGUGGGGGAGAGGCGCCCCCAGGGUCUUGAAGCCCCACAGGGUCCAGUUGGUUCCCAUGCCCCCACAGGCUGGGCAAACUGGCGGGGUCCAACUGGGACGUCUGGCCCACAGGACCCUCUGCCGUGUCCGCCCACCCCAUCUCACUAUGCAAUUCCAGCCCAAGCACCAUUCUCUCCCUAGCCCGGACCCCUGCCCAGCCCCCCGUGGGAGGCCGGCAGGUAGCCUCCCUGGGCUCCAGUUGGGGGGCGGUUGCAGGGGCCAGCACCUUCUCUGGGGCUUUUUUGACCGAAAUGGUUGUGCGCUGUACCACUUCCUUAUACACAACAUGCCACUCGAUAAAAUUUUGUUAAGACCCUUACCCUCCCAGGUCCCCUCCUGGCCCUUGCACCCCACGCCCACCGUGUGAUUUAGGGCCCUAAGCGGGAAGGGGGAACUGAGGUCCGAACCACUCGGCAUCUUCCUCCAACCUCCCUAGGGCCAUGGCCGUAUGUGCUGUCGCUGUGUUUUUUAUUUUUAUUUUUUGUUUGUUUUUUAACUGGGUUUGGGGUUUGAUUUUUGUUUCUUUGGGGCUUUAUUUUCUUGGCAGAUAACUAAAAAUCUCGUCAAUGUAAUUUCUGUGGUUUCUAUUCAGCUUGAGUUUCAUGUUUUAAAAUAAACAAAUUUUAAAAAACGGC